AUGAAGUACACAGUCGCUGAGACGGCUCAGCUGCACAUGGAAGGAGGCAUCACCGAUCUGAAAGCGACCGACAUGAAGAUCUAUUGGGGUUCUCUGGGAGCUUGGAGUGAAGGGAAUGACAUCCUGACAUCCGACUCUGUCAUCGAAGUCUACCUCCCGCGGUUUUCAGGUGGAUCGAACCUGUUCGGUGCAUACCGGUCUGGCGGUGCCGAAACGAAUGUCCAGUGGAUGAAGCAGAGUCAAGUCGUUACCAUAUCUGAAAGCCUAUCCAAGACGUGGGCAACCGUUCCAUCUCCUGUUUCCAACCAAGCCGCAUCCGGAAACGGUCCUGGGGCCGGGGGAUGCUUCGGAAUAACACAAGACCUCUCGUCCAACGCGUUCGAUCUCAAGCAGAUACGUGCAGAUUCCUUCUCCAUGUGCCACUGGGACUCACAGAAAGAGACGCUCCGUCUGCUGGUGUCUUCGUCGCGUCGCAUCACCGGUGUAUACAUCAGCAAGGUGUCGCUCUUUCAGAACUAUGACGCUCAUGGCAAGCAGAACGGUCUCGGUCCCUUGCCACCGAUAGGAGGGAUUGACGAGCAGUGGUAUCAGUUGGCGCAUGUUGCCAUCUAUCAAGCCUCUGGCUCUCUGAGAGGCUGCGCCGUCAGCUCUAUCAGCGACUUCCCGUCGACGUCAUGCGCAAGCGAUCUCCUGGUGUAUCAAGUUCCCUUCGAUCAGUAUCGAUCUGUCAGGUUUGGGACGGACCUUCCUCCAAUCCCCACACGAAAGGGAGCUGGAGGCGUCGGCACAGUAGCGCCUCCAUCCUUCGUCUAUGCCGCAGCGUCUGGAAACAACGAUGGGCCGAAUCAAGCCGUGUGUAUCACCGUCACGUUAGUCAGCUCCUCCACCAUCUACUCCGUCGCUGCCAACCCGACCAUGAUCUCCCUGACUGGCCUGACGGGAAGCUUGUCGCCAAGUCAGUACAUUCCGCUCUUCCAGAGCAAGUGUCAGUGCGAGGGGUCGAGCACAGCACAGGAGCUCAUGCCUCCGAGGUUUCGAACCUCCACAAGCACGCAGGCUGUUGGUCAGGCAGAGUUCCAUGCCGAGGGGACCUUGACGCUGCAGCUUAUUCCGGGUCAGUACAUUCAAGCGGGAGAGGUCGUGACUUUCUCCUUCAGUUUGAAUACUGGUGGGAACCCCCAGACCUCCCGGGACUUGAGAGUUUCAUUGUCGGGUCAAAGCUGUUCGACGAACGACUUCUGCACGUCAUCCAGCUCUGUAUCGGUUACGAUCCCUCCUAGGAAGUUUGACUCCUCUUCCAAGAUCUUGGAGGUAGUUGGCAACAAGUUGAGAGUGUCCAUGUUUCAGAGCUCCAGCGAUCCUGGCUCUAUGACCAAUGUCUUUGUAACCUUGCAACCCAACUUCAACGUUGAGGUUGGGUCGGUGAUAAGCUUUCAAGGAGUCUGCGGCACACAAACGAACACUGCUUACGUAGCUCUGAUGAGCAACAGGCUAAAUGGUGGAACCCCGUUGACUGACAAGUGCACUGGAAACCCCAAGGAAGUCGACCUGGCAGACUACUGGCCCAGUACAAGGCUAGAUUGGAGCAUAGGAGGGCCUCUAAAAUUGACUCUAGAGCACAGCCUCGGCCUCAAUGCUCGAGGGACCUAUGCCCUGUCCUGGUCAUGGCAAAAUGUCAACACGGCAAAUUCGGCCUGCUCCCUAACGGUGACUGUGCACAAGGGAGGAAACGUCGUGAACGCUGAAGUAGUGGAGAACAUCGGGAGUACGCCCAUCUCACAAGGUCAGAACACUCUGGCUCAGAUUACAAUCUCAGGUCUGCAUGGCUCCCAGACAGGCAAAUCGCCAAUCAUCAGCGCAUGUCCGACCUUCGACUGGAACUUGUUCCAGCUGCGUCCUGUGGCUGAUCCUCCAACUGCGCAUUUCGUGGACAAGGUCGUAGGAGGGACGCUGCAUCGGACCACAAGCUGGGCUUCGGGAUCAGCUGUGUUGACUGUCAAUCAGGAUGAUAAGGCUGGCAAUGCUUACUUCUCCAUCCCCCAGCAGCAGGAUGUUGUGUUUGCGCUAGUCCUGAAGAACCCAAAGGGUCCCAACCCCUGCCAGUCAGUGUCCCUGAGCCUCUCAGCUCAUGGACCAGGAAACACUCCGGUUACGCAGACCGUUACAAUGGUUCAAAACCCUCUUGAUAGAGCCUUGGAGGAUGGAGAGGUCGAUGGGGAUGUCUGUGUUCUCAAGACUUACGACUACAACUUCCCGACGAGAGUCAUCGCGCAGUCGUCGCCUGUCGUACAGGAGAGCAACGUCAUCACCAUCACUCUGCGGUCUAACAUGAACAUGUUGAGUAGCUUCUACGGCUCUCAGAUCACCAUCUCUGGUCUGCAGGGUACAGACACUACGGGCACAAGCUUGUUGGCGACUGCGGUUUCAGACCAAUACUUCCCGAACAUUCAGAAGACAAGUUGGGAUGCCAGUCAAGGCAAGCUAGUAGUCUAUCUCGCCCAAGGGACCUGUCAGCUACCUGUCAAAGGCCAGCCCUCUUACUGUAUCUAUGCGGGCUGGACCUAUGUAUGGCGUUACACCUUCAAGAAUGGAGCCGCAGAGCAAGCAAGCCCGGCUGUGUCCAUCUCAUCUCAGUUUGCUCAAGGGAGGAUUACCAACCCACAAGUCAUGACUUCGCCGAUGAGCUCCGACUUUCAUGUCCUCUACAUGACCAGAAACCUUCUCAACAAGUACAACAUCGGACAGUUGAAUCCUGCUCCUGGAGCUGUCAAUCCUGUUUGCAUCACCUUGAGAGCAAGCAAGACGAUCACUGCCCCUACCACCUUCACCCUCACAGGGUUGAACAUGUUCUCCUCCAGCACCAACGUUGCCUUGUACGACGAGUACGCGACUGCCCCGCUUGCCGGGGGGUUGUUCCAGACGGUCGGAGCAAACCCGCAGAGCAACUACGCGACGUACGAUCAAUCAACGAUCCGGUUCCAGCUGGGUCCAUCGCAGUCUCUUCAAGAGAGUGUAAAGUACAAGUUUUGCUUCAGGCUCACUAACGCCGUCACGGGUCAUGCCACCUGUCCUCAGGUCUCGUUGAUCGUCGAUUCGCAUUCUGCACCAGCGGCGUUCAAGGGGUCGCAGGCGUAUCUGUGCAACAACGAGGCGAGCAGGAGGGUCACAGGCUACCCCUCCGAGCCCUCAGGGUGCGCUGGUUACGUCUCAGAUCGCAAGUUCGUAUCGUCAACCCUCCGGUCAGGGUCAAACGUGACUGCAAGUACUGCGUGGCUGACGAUGGAGCUACAGCCCAACUAUCCUCUCACCCCUGGCCACACAAUCACCGUUGGCUCGUUCCUGAGCAUGAAGAACGCGGGGUCGUCGGACGUGCCAUGUACGAUAGUUCGCAAUGGCCAGGUGGUCAACUCUGUCACCAAUCAGCACAGUAACAAGGGAAUCUUUGCUGCUGCUACGUUCGAGAGUGUUUGCAAGUUCAUCGACAACCAGAUCAAGAUUUCUUACACGGGGGGCCAAGGCUCGUCCUCCAGUCUGGUCUACGACCCAUAUUACGACGUGACUGCUCGCCGAUCGAGGGGUCUGUACAAGGUGGAGGUGAUGGCCGGGGGCUCUCAGUAUGGAGCUGCCAGCGUCAUCAUCUGUGACAUCACGCCUGGCGAAGAGUUCUGGACCAAGACGACCUGCACAGAUGCUGGAGUAGUGUUUGCUGCUGGCAGCUCAGCCAGGGCACAAGCGACCGUCUUGUCUGGCACUGUUGUCUCCAUCAAUCUCACGGCGUCGGGAUCAGGCUACGCUGUCGCUCCCCGCGUGUUCAUAGUCGACCCUACAGGGUCAGGCAGGGGUGCUCUAGCAAGAGCCUUUGUAUACGACUUGUCCAUCUACACGGUGCAGCUUCAGCUUGUCAAUCAGAACACUCCUGCCCCUGCUGGAAGCUUCACGGUCUCGUCUCAGUCGUUUGUACCUGCCGCUUUAGACAGCGGGGAUGGAGCUCUAUCCAAGUCAAGCUUGAAGCUUCAUGAUCACAAUAGCUCUCAGGUUGUCUUCACUGUCACUCCCCAACACAACCUCUACGAGGGUGACAUGCUCCUCGUCAACCUGCCGGCAUAUGACGUCAUCACUGGGCCGAUCUUUGGAGUUACCUCCUCCCCCAACCCAGCCUUUACGACCUUCUCGACCCAGCUGGAGUGGGAGCUGAACUACCACGAGAAAGAUCGGGCUCGAGCUUACGUCAGCAACGGCUGGGUAGCGGAUGGCAACAGGCAUCGCUCGGGAGACGGAGACGUUGACGGCUUGUUCGUGCUGUCGCCAGAGGAUGAUGGCUACAACAAGAACAAGGACCUGUGCUGGAGCCGAGUCUCCUGCCCUUGGGGCUUCCCGGACAGCGACAUCACCUUCUCGAACCCAUCCAGCACUUUGUCACUAGUCAAGGUACAGAGUACUUCUUCGUCUCUGGGCCACUCGCACGACAUCUGUUACAAGAACAGCAGCUUCAACCUGCCCCAUCCGUCAGACUACGUCGGUAUGCAGCUCAAGUGCCGCAACAACCAGCACCAGGCGACCGACGGAGGUCAAGUCACCAGCGUGCGAGUGCGACAUGGCGGGCUGACGGCCGUCAGCGGGAGGUACACAGAGACUUCAAGCAUCUCCGCUGCAGCACCGACGUUUGUGGCAGCAGCAGCUGGUGCAACCAGUCAAGCUACCGGGUCGCUGAUGUACCAGGUGGUUGGAGUUCAGUACAUGUCAGGCAGCUCCUUGACAGAUGGUGACGUCAUUGUGUUUGACUCGACCUACCAAGUGUCGCCUGCCGCUGCCUCUGUCUCGUCCCUCUACAGCACCAGCCCAGCUGUGCAUGUCGCGUCUCCCGGCUUGUACUCAGGCUUCCCGUACGCGACAGUCACUGGCAAGGACACGCAACUUCAAGUGCUGCUGAGCGUAUCGAGCGCCAGCCUGUCCUCUCAAGGCAGCGGAUACACUUCCAUCCCAACCGUUACAACCUCCCUCAAGCCAAGUGUUGCUCUGCCUUCCGAAGUCCAGCAGCUGGAGCUUCCCGUGUUUGACGUGACGGUGACAAACGCUACCGGCACUGUCAUCACCCAGUCUAUCCUCGACUACAACCCAGCUAGACAAUGCUUCGUGGUGGCGGAAGAGUUUCCGACUUCCUUCUUGAGCGACUGUCAGGUCGUGCCCAAGGAGCAGGUCGGUCGGUACACCGGCAUGACAGCGAUGAUCGGGUCCAACGAGUACGUCAUCAAGCAGGGAGCAGGUGGCGUCUACUGGGUGGCAGACCUCAAGGGCAACAAGCCCCGGAGCGUCGACCUGGCCAACAAGCCCUACACCAUCUACACGCAGCUGCAGCUGCAGGUGGCGAAGGGCAAGUGGAUCCGACAGGGCGAGAGCGUCAGCAUCAGCAUCCCCGGCUACCGGUUCAAGUCGGUCCCUAGCAACCCCAACGCGUUCGUCACUCCCUCUACGGAUGACGCCUCCAAGACCAUCCGAGAGAGGACGAGGUUUCAGUUCGCGACGCCCAUCAGCGUUGGCAACGUUGGUAUGGCAGGAGCGACGACGGCAAGGAUGCUGAUGUUUGGUGGGGCCAUCUCAAGCAGCGACACCUGUACCAUCCAGGGGAGCGACAUAGAGGCCCCUCAGACCUCCGACGGGGUGACGGUCAACCAUGCUGAGACCAUGACUAGUGUAGGAGCGAGCAAGCCAGUCUUCCUUCCUCCCUCGACGUGGGGCUCCGGAUAUCUCAAGCCCGCAUGGUUCAAAGGUACCUGCGCCUCAAGCAGAGCCUUGCACGGUAUCUUCAUGCUUGAUGGUCAAAGGACAGGCGUCGAAUGGAUCGAGGUCGUGACCCCCGGCACUAGUUGCAGCUCCAACGUCAACGUUAUCAUCUCCAGCCCUUCCAAGGAUGCAGUAACCGACGCCUUGACAAACGAUCCUGUCUGUCCCGACGACUCCAGCCUGUGCACUCAGGCAACGGCUGUUGCGACGGUUAGCGGAGGCUCGAUCACGGGCAUUGCCCUGACAAACGGAGGGAGUGGAUAUUUCUUGGCGCCUACGGUGAGGCUGGUCAACUCAGACUCCAACACUCCUUGCGACGCCUUUGCCGUCGCUCAUCUGUCUCAUAACUUUACAGCUCGACUGCAAGUGUCGCCGAACUCAAACCUGAUGAUGUAUCGGAGCGAAAGAGACCAGUACGACUCGCUCACUGGCUUGCACUCUGCUGUAUUCUCCCCGGUAUCUCUCCACAAGAAGCAUGACGCAAGGAAGAUAACCGCUGAGGUCGGCACAGGAUACGUCGCUGCCAUUGUCGUCACGUCGGUUCCCCCUGCCUCCUGUGCCGGCCCGAUAGAAAUCGAGGCUCCGCCUUCAGGCAGGACCGCAAGGGCUCAGGCAGCAGCAGCUGCAGGCUUGUCGUUCAUUCAGGUGAUCGAUGGAGGCUACGGCUACGAGUAUCCUCCCGCCGUCAGCUUUGCUUGCGGGCAAGGCGCUGCUCGCGCUAUCCUAGGCUUCACUACCGCAGAUGUUCACAUGGCUGGAACCAGGGUCAACUCUUCUUACACGGGGCUACAACCUGCCCUGCUCUCAGCUGUCACGUCAGCACCAGCCUUUCAGACUACCGUGGACUCGCCGGUGGUGGUUGGCUUCAACAGCGUCUGCAGCAACGGGGCUACACUGACCUACUCCCGGGCCGGCAGCGGAUGGAACAACUCGCGGGUGACUGGGAUCAGCCUACCUGUCGGCAUCAACCUCAACGGGUUUGCCUUCGGCUUCACGUCCGUUACCAUCAGCCCUUCUCCUGUCAACGCCCACGGGCUGGUCGACCCUGCAGCAGACGCUCUCGCAGUUCCCACCUGGUCCUUUCCUGCCUCAGGAUCAGUGCUUGUCAACGGAGUGGAGGGGGUGGUGCAGUCGCUGCCUGGCACCGGGUCAGGCAAGGGCGUGAAUUCAAUCAUUCUGUACGAUGGGCCGAGCUCCAAGGUUGAGCUGACAACCUGCGACAAGGCCGUUCUUGUCUUCAACCCUCCACAACGUCCAGGAGGGAAGACCUUGAAAGUUCAACUGCUUCAACCCGCUGGCUCCAGCCUUCCCAUCUACGUGAUCGUGCAGCAGGGGCAGGGGUACGCCAACAUCCCGAUAGUCGUUGACAUUGACUUCGACGUCGGAGGCUCCGCCAAGAGCUACUCCAAGGACUUUGCUGACCUCUCAAGCAGCCAGCAGGCUACCUGCAGGCCCUCCUACUUUGCCUUCAACACAGCAUACCAGGGCUACAACGUCUACUCGGCAUUCGUCAGGUCCUCCAGCACUUCAGCACAGCCAACAGGCCUGACGCUAGAUGGAGUGCUGAUGACGCGGGAAGGGUACGGGUACGAGACUGCUCCUCCAGCCACCUUGAGCUGCAGCGGAUGCUCCACCAGCCAGUGUGCUGAUCAGUACGCGUCCUCCAUCGCCAAUGACGUCUGCACGGCCUCUGCUCUCACCGUUGACGCUACGGUGAGCGGGGGAUGCACGGGAGGCUGUCAACGGCAGGUGAAUGUCAACGCUUUCUUCUCACCCAACAACGGCAACGGAAUGCAGAUCUGCUCGCCUGCUGCUGGUGCCGGUGACUACCGUACACGCAAGACGCUCCAAAUGCGCGUGUCCAACGGGCUAUCUGCCUUCUCAACCAACAACGUGUACACUGUUAGACGCAGCCAGGGCUUCCAAGGCGCGAAGGGCUCACUGAUCUUCAAGAUCACCGGCAACGGCGCCUUCUCCCUCUCGUCUCUCUGCGAGGUCCCACGAGUCAUCGUGGAGCCUCCACCUAGCGGGGGGGUGCAGGCUCAGGUCAACCUUGACUACCUCGACACCUCUUACGACCCUUACACCAACAGACCGUCCGCAAGCUUGACAGCAGCCAGCAAGGGGUUUGCAGCUGAGAAUGCAACGUACAGGUACCUGCUCAAGGUCGUCAAUGCAGGAUCAGGGUACCUCAAACCUCCGAGCAUCAGCAUAGUCUCACCGUCGGGUCUGUUGCCUACCUGCCCUCCUCCCAUAGUUGGCGCCUUCCCGAGGAACGGGCUGGUUGCGUCCAGGGUGGAGCUCAUUCGAAACAUUUCUCUCCCCGAAGCCAACCAGGGAAGUACUAAGGUCCAGCCGACGUGCAGCAGCGGAUCGUUCGUCGUCAAGUCACUUUGCCCAGGCUCCAAGCAGUGUACGAGCUCUUACUCGCGAGCAGAGCUGAACCCGCUCCCUUCCUGCUCGACGUCAUCGCAGUGCGCCGGUUGCAGUACCUUCCCUUGUUCGUCCCAUGCAUGCGGGCCUGACAAUUGUCCUUCUUACCUCUCGACGGUACUCGACGCUUCUCUUUCUGACGUGGUGCCAGACGAAGCGCUCGCUGUGAUCGGAUGGGAUGCUCGGGCCCAGCAGCCAGUCCUGCUCAACCAGGGCUUCGGGUUUUCUCCCAGCUCGCCUAACCCGCUCCGACUUGAGUUCCCCUCCGACUCAGGGCAGGCGUAUCCCUGCGCGGAGAUUCUUCUCUACCUCUCAGCUGACUACAGCUCUGAGGCCCUUCAGCCAGGCCCUCUGCACUGGCCGGGCGACCUGUCCUACAACCAGAACGCUAUCCGGAACUAUGCUGGGGAGGUGACGGAGGUCGAAUACUUGUUUCGACCUGGCUUCAUCAAUGCAAUCUACGGCUCGUUCAGCAACUUCCCUGUGACUACGCUCAUCUCUCUUAGAGAUCAGUCAGCCCGCAGACUUUUGCAGGCCUCCAGCUCAGCUCUGCUGGGGGUUGUGUCAGCAGGAGGGUUCAAGGUCGGAGAUUACAUCCGACUGGCUGACGAGGUCAUGCUAGUCAACGCGGUCAGCCAGCAGCAGAACACGCUGUCGGUCACCCGAGGAGCAUUGAACACCAGCGUUGCUUCCUCCUUCGCUCUAGGAACCGUAGUCCGCACUUUCAACCCCGGCUCGGUGCUGCUGCAAGACGUCGCAAGCGACGCGACGACCAUUCAAGUAUCGGAAUCAUCAGGGCUCAACUCGGACAGAUACAUCCAGGUAGAGCAUGAGAUCAUGUACAUCACCAGCGUCGACGCCUCGUCCAUGACCGUCCUGCGGGCUCAGGAAGGGACGCGUGCGAGCAGCCAUGCCGCCUUCAAGCCAGUGGGCUACAUCCGUCCUUCCCAGCAGUAUCCUAUCGUGCUGCUGGAGGCCGUCAGCGCCAGUCAGACGACUUUGUCCGUGUCUGACGGGAGUUUCUUCUAUCCGGGCGCCUCCAUCCAGGUGCUGAGCGAGACCAUGGCGGUCACAGCUGUCUCAGGCGACACCCUGACUGUCCAGCGAGGUCAAGAGUCGACCUCACCUGCCGCGUAUCCCAAGCAGGUGCUGGUGACGCUUGUGCAAGGCUCGGCAAGCGUUGUAUCGGUUACCAGCAGCACGAUACCUUCUAUCAAAAGAUCCUCCAUGAAUCUCCUGAGUUUAACUCAAUCCACUGACGCCAUUCUUAAUGUGAUGGACCCGGUGAAGAACACGUCAUCGUCCGGCUUUCAACCUGGCGAUUAUGUGGGAAUUUAUAAUGACUUCUAUAUCUUGAAGGAAGUGAUGUUAGUGUUGAGUACUGAGACAGCUAGAGUAUCAGAUUAUCUUUAUCAGAAUCUGACUGUUGCAAGAGCACAGUUUCAGACGACGGCCAGCUUGUUUUCCCCAGGACUCCCACUAACUCUCGUCUCAAGUCCGCGCAUUGUGGAACAGAUGCUAAGCAAGACGGAUACAAUCCCUGUCUUCUCCACAUCCACAGAUCUGCAAGCUGGAGACCUCCUGCGAGUCAGCUCAGCUUCAAAUGAAUGGCAGAUUGAAGUGAUGGAGUAUCAGUCUGAUGGGAGUGUACUUCGAGGAUUGAUCCCUGAUUACUUUGGCAGGUCGCAGGCAUCAUCCAUAUCAGCAGGAGCUCUUGUCCAGACCAUUGCACAGCCUGCUUACUUGAGUCCUCCUUACUGCACUUCUAAGAGUGGUUCAGAUUUGAACAUGACGAGUGUCUCUAGCUUCGCUGUCGGCGACAUAGUGUCGGAUGGCAUUGCGGUUUACAACGUGACAGCUAUCAAUGUUGGGUCAAGUCAGAUGACCGUUGAAAGCCUUUAUGUCUCAGGUGCUACUCCAUUAUGCUCGACCAAAUUUGGUGAUCCUCCUUCAUACGUAGUCAAGACAGAGGGCCUGAGGGUCUUGAGUUCUGCUGUGAAAGUCGAUCAAGGAAACUUUUUACAAGAAUAUCCGUUCUUGUUUUCAAUCAACUUGCAGACCGUGGUCUCUGAUUUCUAUGCACCUGGAGACUUUGUUUGGAUUGCUGACAAGAGCACGUCUCGUUCUGGCAUUUUUGUAGUUGAGGAUGUUGGAAACUACUCCCUGAAUGUCUCAGUUUUCUCAUUGGAUAAACAAGAUGAACCUCAAAUUAAUUUUGGGAUAGGCACAGCAGUUCUCUACAAGUACGAACGCUUCGAUGUGAUCAACGGUACUGCUCUCUCCCCAGGAGACAUCGUGCUCUUCUCGUGGUUAUUUCAGGGCGGAACAGGUCAAAUCAUUUCUGCCACUGAAAAUGAAAUUCGAUUGAAAAUCACUGGCGCAAGAUAUUAUUUUCUCAAAACUCCUUCUAGAUCAUCUUUGUACUGGCGUAUCAAUGAUUUGUGUAAGACCUUCCAGCUCCUCCCGGUGUCAAAGACGAGCUACGCCAGGUCAAAGCUUGCUCUCGCUAUCAACUCCGAGGUCAACACUAUGACUCUCUUUGACGCGUCCGGGUUUAGAGUGGGGGACAGCUUCACCGUCGACCAAGAGGUCAUGACCAUAGACAACCUCAACGGCAACCUCAUCCAGGUCAAGCGCGCUCAGCGAGGCACCUCCGCUGCUUCUCAUGCGCUGGACGCGCUUGUAGAAUGGACGGCGCCGCUAUCCGCUGCCUCUCCUCAAGUCUCGUCCGUGACCCCUUUGCUCCGACGUGACCAGCACUUGCGAUACAUCUCUCAGGUCGGCCCCAUCACCCUUCCCAGCUCAAUCCAGCAGCUCUCGAGCUAUCAGAAUGUAUGGGCAGAGCUCGACGAGGAGAUCAUCUUGAUCCGACAGCCCGCCUCAGGCAUCGUCAAGGCGUCUGAUCGGGGGCUGAGAGGAACAGCAGCGGCGGCGCACGUGAGCAACACGACCUACAACGUCCCCAACGCGUUCUUCUCCUGGCUCUUCUCCUUCAAGUCAAGCCUGCCAGGUGCAUCAGGCUUCUCAGCUCUGCCCGUAUACGACAUGAACGCUGCUGGAGUCAUCGCCUUGUCAGGGGUUCACGUGCUGUCGGGAGGUAGCAGGGUGACGAGCGAGCCGACUCUAGAACUCACUCUCAACCGCUUCAUUGAGAACGAGGCCCGAGGACAGUCAGUCGCAGGCCCUUCGUACUCAUACCGCACCUUGAUCCAGCAGACCUUCCUGCAGGUUGACCUGUCCGACAAGUUCACUGGGAGGCUCAUAAGGCCGAGCCUCAACUACCCAGUUGCCUACCAACCUUGGAGGUUCCCAGCUGAUCCUCUUUACUUCCAGGACAGGAUGGACGGCUUUGAUCCUGCCUCCGACAGCUCCAUCCUGUCUCCUUCCCACAACAGCUCCAACGCCAUCAACGGGAGCUCAGCUGACCCCUUCGAGCCAGGCUCACCUGUCUUCGUGCUGGACUCCUUCGGUCACAUGCUGGGGGAUCAGGCGGUCCAUCAGCAGAGCAUCGUGGUAUCGGAUGGCGCUACUUACACCUACUCCAUCAGCAGCAGGCCGUCCGUCCUCGACUCGGUCUGGAGCAGCCCACCCUUGCUGAUAGUCUCAACCUCCUCGCCUACAUCCGUAGACCUGUUCCUCAAUGACACGGUCGCUGGCGGGUACUCCAACGGACAGCACACUGCUUUGCUGUCCUCUAGCACGAGAAUGUUUGUCUGGAAGACGGAUCCUCGCAAGCUCGCGGUGCUUGCAGGACCAGCAAGCGCAGCAGCCUCUUCGGCGAGCUUCACAUCCUCAACACCAGCACCUGGCGUCAACGUCGGCGCCAUCGUCGGCGGCGUGAUCGGUGGCAUCGUCGGAGCUGCUGGGCUCGGCAUGCUGGCUUACAAGCUUUUCGCUCAUAAGAAAGUCGCCAAGUCAGCGGAUGUAGAGAUGGCGCCGGUGUACGAAUCUCAGGCGAUCGCCUAUCUCGUGCAGUUGUGUGUUCAUCAUGAGGAGAAGGACACGGCAGGGCAGGCAGGACAGGAGGCGAAUACAGCAGCGCAGGGUCAGGAAAAGAGACAAGCAAAAAAGGAUGUAACACAGCUCACCCAGCCUGACUGA